GAGGCAUUUGGCGCGGUGGCUGUUGGAUGAGCAGCCAGCAAUGGCGGCUCUGCAAUGUCGACACCGCAAAGCAAAGCCGAGGCCCAUCACCUAGCGGCCGGUUCAGGCACUACAAGAAAAGUGCCGUGAAAAAAGACUCUGGGUGCUGCGGCAGACGGGAGCCAAUACGCGCUAAGUUCGCUCUGCUAAUUCCUUUUUUCUAUUGGUCCUUCCAACUGUCAAUCAAUUAUUUGCCUGUCUCUUAUUGGCUUGCCGUCAAUCAUUUUACUCAGUCUACCAAUCACACGCUCCUUGCCAAGUGCUUUUUUUUUCGUCCUGACGUCUCUUUCUGAGUCUGACGAAUUUAGCCAGUUCCUUUAUUCCAUUGGCCAGAUCAGACUCCUCCUCUCGUUUAUCCUGUUGGGGGCGGAAGUGAGAGAGCCCUUAUUCGUAUUGGCUUAGAUUUGCAAGCGGCAGUUGUCUAUCAAAUCUAUCAAGACGCCCUUAGAGCUCAGGAAGUACGAAACCGGAAGGGGUGGGCUUUGCGAAGAUGGCGGCGCUGGGGGUGCUGGAGUCAGACCUGCCAAGUGCCGUGACACUUCUGAAAAAUCUCCAGGAGCAAGUGAUGGCUGUAACUGCACAAGUGAAAUCACUGACACAAAAAGUUCAAGCUGGUGCCUAUCCUACAGAAAAGGGUCUCAGCUUCUUGGAAGUGAAAGACCAGCUGCUGCUCAUGUACCUUAUGGAUUUGACUCACCUCAUUCUGGACAAAGCCUCAGGAGGAUCUCUUCAGGGACAUGAUGCAGUUUUGAGACUGGUGGAGAUUCGCACGGUUUUGGAAAAGCUUCGUCCCUUGGACCAAAAGCUGAAGUAUCAAAUUGACAAGCUGAUCAAGACUGCAGUGACAGGCAGCCUUAGUGAGAAUGACCCACUUCGUUUUAAGCCUCAUCCCAGCAAUAUGAUGAGCAAGUUGAGCUCUGAGGAUGAGGAGGAAGAUGAAGCAGAAGAUGGCCAGUCUGAGGCUUCAGGGCAGAAAUCUGUGAAGGGAGUGUCUAAGAAAUAUGUUCCUCCACGCUUGGUUCCAGUACAUUAUGAUGAAACAGAAGCUGAGCGGGAGAAGAAGCGUCUAGAACGAGCCAAGAGACGGGCAUUGAGCAGCUCUGUCAUUCGUGAACUUAAGGAGCAGUACUCAGAUGCUCCAGAGGAAAUCCGUGAUGCUCGGCAUCCCCAUGUUACCCGCCAGAGUCAGGAGGACCAACACAGGAUUAACUAUGAGGAGAGCAUGAUGGUGCGUUUGAGCGUCAGUAAGCGAGAGAAAGGACGGCGAAAACGAGCAAAUGUCAUGAGCUCACAACUUCAUUCCCUUACACACUUCAGUGACAUCAGUGCUUUGACAGGGGGAACUGCUCAUCUUGAUGAGGAUCAGAAUCCUAUUAAGAAGCGGAAGAAGAUACCUCAGAAAGGUCGGAAGAAAAAAGGUUUUCGGAGGCGGCGGUGAUUAUGGGUGUACAUAUUUGUAUAUUUUUUGUCAUCCUGAGAUACUUCUAAUUUCAUUGUAUAUAGGUGGUUUUCCCUGGAAUUCAUUAAUUGUUUGCUUUGGACAUGUGGAAAGAGCCUUACUAAUAAAAUUGAUUUUACUUAUGAAUUAAAGCCCCUUUUUGCACA